AUGUUCCGGCGGCGUGCGCUGCGGCGGCGGCUGGCAGCGGCCGGCGCGCCCUCGGUGCCGGACGACCAGCUGCGGGGUCUGGCGCGUGCGCUGGACGCGGGCCCGGGCGGCACGGCGUGCGUGCCGGGCGCGGCACUGCGCUUGCCGGCCGCCCGCGCCUUCCUGCACCCCGAGCUACGAGACCUGGCCGAGCUCCGCCGCCUGCCGCUCUGCUCGGACCACCGGUGCUGCAACCCCUAUCACUUCAGCCGCCUCUGCAAGCCCGAAACUCCGCCUCCACCAUACAGUCGCUUUGUGAUGGACGACGUGAAGCCUAAAGAGCACGGUGAGAGCACAGAGGAUGCGAGGAGGACAGACCAUGAGCGGCUUCCUACGGGUUCCCUCGCCACUGACGGCGAAGAGCGGCCGAGCUGGGAAUCUGAGUGGUGCCGGCUGGCGUACUGGGAGCUGGCGCGUCGCGUGGGCCGGCAGCAUGGCGUGCGCGUACGUGCAGUUGACGUGUUCGGCGGCGACGCGGCGCCGGGCAGGCACGGCCUCUGCCUGGACGCGCUCCACGCUCGCAACGACGCACCACAACCUGAACAGGUGCGUAAGACGCGAGCUAAGAUCGGUCUGGGCGUGACUUUGUCGCUGGAGGGCGACGGCGUGUGGCUGUACAACCGCAGCCAGGCGCCGGUGUUCGUGAGCUCGCCCGCGCUGGACGCGGCGGCGGCGCGCGCGCUGCUCGUGUGGCGCGUGCCGCCCGCGCACUGCCUGUGCGUGUUCGACCCGGGCGCGCCGCCCGCACCCGCAGCACUGGCGCUGCCGCACCUGGGCCCCGUGGACCCGCGCUCGGUGCGCAUCUCCUUCGCCAAGGGCUGGGGGCCCAAGUACUCGCGGCGUGACGUCACCGCCUGCCCCUGCUGGCUGGAGGUGCUGCUCGCGCCGCCCAGCUGACCCAAGGACGCUUAGUGCGCUGUGGUUGUCCUUCUUCUUAAAUAUAACUGCAUUUAUUGUUUACAAAAUGAGCAAUUAAAGUAUGUGAUAUUGUACUAAGUGGCGACAGAUGUCGGGUGGGCAGUGAAGUGAUGUGUUUGCAGGACGGACGGAUUUUUUGUGGACUUUUAUUGUUGUAUUUGAGAAAGUGAACGUAACACGAUUGUUAUUUUGUCAGUGUUUUUAUUUAAUAAAUCGGAGAUGUCCGCAAUGAGAGCUUAAAUGUCGUGUUAUGUUUAUGUUUCUCAACGAUUUCCAUUUACAUUUGGGAAUUUGGAAACUAUUUCAGCCCGUUCGCGUUGGACUUGUUGUUGGAUAUUUGUUUUUCUGUUUAAUAUUUGCUACAUUUGUAUGUAAUUAUUUUUUCUCAGAAACAAAAAUAACAACGAAAUUGUAUAUUUUGUCCGUUAUUUGUAUGAAGUUCGUUAGAGUUGCGCACACGCAUUCGUGUAAUGUGUGCUAGUCACAAGUUUUACAUACACAUACACACAAGCUGUCAUACAGACUGUAUCAGACAAGCAUUAAUGCACAAGACGCCUUUAAAUAGUUUUGUAUAAUUUGAAUUAAAAAAUCAUAUAUUUCUUAAAAAAAAACAUCACGUCUAUUUCCGAUACCGUAGAAAGUAUUUGCGAGAUUAUAAAACUUGUCACUAAGCUAAGUAGUUACUGUUAGCAAAUAACCAUUGGGAGGUCCGAAAUGCUCGCUCAAGUUGGAUACGCCAAUUUAGUUGUCGAGUAUUUGUUU